AUGGCUUCGAUUCCUUGUUCGCCUCAUCGUUCACCAUCUAGUAUGAAAGAUCUACAAAAUUUAUUUGAAAAUCCACUCGUUUCAUGCGUAUCACCGCCAACAACACCGCCAUUACAAUUUUUUAAUAUGCGUGUUACUGAAAGGUUACAUCGUUAUCGUACAAUAAAACGACACUGGCAUGAAGUAACAGCAGCUGUUAAACAUGAACUCUUGUCACCUCUAAAAACAGACUCUAGCUCAUCUAGCCCUGAUAUCGCAACCUUAACACAAGAGCAAAUUGUAGAAACAAAAUUUACUGAUGUAAAAGAUAACAUUCCUUCAAUAACAACAAUAGGAAUGAAAGAAAUCAAUGAUAAAAACUACAUCGAUUUUUAUCCAUUACAUUCACGAAUACAGUACGAUUUAAUUAAAUUACGAAGGCUUAUUAAAGAGACACAGAAAAAACGUAUUGAAGUCAUAUCUUCGAAACCAAACCCAAAUAAUCAACCAUCCGGAGAAGGAUCAGUGAAGAUCCUUUUGGAAGAUCAAGAUGAUAAUGAUAAUAAUAAUAAUAAUAAUAAUAAUAUAACAAACAAUGGGAAAUCAUCGCUAAGGAAAACUAAAUUAUUUGAUCGUGUAAAAAUUCCCGGUUCACAAAUGCAUUCAUCGACAUUUCCACAAAGUAAUUUCCCGGAGAAGAAAUUUGUGACUACAAAUUAUGCGACAAACACUUGCUCGCAAUCUUUAAAACAAAGACAAAAAAGCAAACAAAAAGUCAACAGUAAAACAUUUAAUAUUUGUCGUAGUAAAAUCAAUGCUUGUAUUCCUCCUGAUUCGAUCGUGAAUCGUGCAAUACAAACAAAGAAAAAACCAAAUACACCACCUAAAACAAGUUCAACUAUGAGUUCAAAACAAACUCCUCCUUUUCGUCUUCCUGUUGCACCAGUAUUGAACAAAAAGCAACCGAGCAUUAUUAAACAUGAAAAUAUAUUACCACCUGUUCAGCGACCAUCAAAAGGUGAACAAACAACACGCCUAUAUACUUAUGCAGCAUCAACUUCAUCGGCAACUCCACAUUCUAUGAAACUCAAUCGAAACAGAUCAUUACUACCAAUACUUAUAACAUCGGUUUCAUGCAUAGGUAUGCAAGUACAGGAAAAUUAUUCUGAAACAGCUGACAAUAACAAUCAAGAUGAUUAUUAUAAUUUACUUCAUUAUAAACAAUUGAUAAAUCAUUUACCAAAACCAAUUAUAUCAAUUCGUCCACAAUAUAAUCAAGAUGACUAUGGAAUAUUAUUUGAACAAUUAGAUCAUAUACGAGAAACAAUGCCAGAUUCACAUGUUUAUGAUAAUUAUGCACGAGCUUUUUAA